AUGCCUCGUCCACCAUCGCCUUCAAUACCUGAGAAAGAAUUUGUCUAUGGCGCUCUCAAGCAAUCACUCCGUCUCGACGGACGCGCCAUGCUCGAAAUGCGCACGCCGACCUUGAGCUUCGGUCCGGAGCUCGGUUGGGUCGAAUGCGCGAUGGGCAAGACUCGGGUGCUAGCGCAGGUCGACGGCAAAAUGGUGAAACCCCCUCCCGAGCGGCCGCUCGAAGGAAUCAUCUCCAUCCACUCCGAGCUCUCCCCGAUGGCGUCCAACGAGUAUGAGCCCGGCCGGCCGACGGAGGAAGAAGUCGCCUUGACCCGGAUGCUGGACAAGGUCCUAAGACGGAGCGACGCGGUGGACAAGGAGAGCUUGUGCGUGCUUGCCGGGCAGAGGGUGUGGCACAUCCGACUGACGAUCCAUGUCCUGUCCGACGCGGGCAACAUGGUCGAUUGCGCCUGUCUCGCCGGUAUCGUCGCGCUCAAACACUUCCGGAGGCCAGAGGUCGAAGUCGAAGGCGACGAGAUCACUGUCCACCACCCUUCCGAGCGCGCCCCGGUGCCGCUCUCGAUGCACCACACGCCCUUCUGCUUCACUUUCGCCUUCUUCCCCGACGCCCCGCCUCUGGUGGACCCCGCGCGCCUCGAAGAGACCCUCAGCGCGGGUCUUCUCUCCGUCGCACUCAACGCACAAAAGGAGCUGUGCGUGGUGCAGAAGGCCGGGGGUUCGCCCCUCCCCGCGGAGGAAGUGCUCGCGAUCAUGGACAUAGCCGUCGCGAAGGCGCGCGAGCUUGACAGGCUUGUCGAGGCCCGGUUGCAGGAGGACUGGAAGGGGAGGGUCGUCGAGGUCCGGUAG